AUGGCUGAAGCAAGGUGCUGCUUCAAACUCAUCGGUGCAAUUGUGGUGGUGCUUUUACUAAACAUGAACAGUCCUUGCAUUGGAUGUAGCGAGAGGGACAGGCAAGCACUCCUUGCACUCAAACAAGGCCUCGUGGGUGACGACGGCGAUCGCCUCCUGUCAUGGGGAAGAGAAGCCCAAAACAGAAAUUGUUGCCAAUGGGAAGGAGUCUACUGUAGCAGCAACCAAACUGGCCAUGUUGUUAAGCUUGAUCUUGAAGACCAAUCUUUGAGAGGUAAGAUUAGUCCUGAACUCGUGAAGUUGCAACAUUUGGAAUAUUUGAACCUUCGUUUCAAUAAUUUGAGUCAGAGCCAAAUUCCAGAUUUCAUUGGAUCUCUGAGCAAUUUAAGACACCUCGACCUCUCUUCUGCUAAUUUUGGAGGUCAAAUUCCAAACCAACUUGGAAACCUUACACACUUGCAAUAUCUCGAUCUCAGCUCUCAUUAUUAUUCUGUUAUACGCCCUAGGAACUCUAUUCAUGCACAAAACCUCAAUUGGCUCCCUAAUCUUUCAGGUCUGGAACACUUGGACCUAAGUCACACUAAUCUCAGUGAUGUUGUUGGUUGGCUGGAAGCAGUUAGUGUGCUUCCUAAACUAACAAACUUGAUAUUAGAUGGGUGUAAUCUUCCUCCUCCAAUUAUAUCCUCUGUUUCUCUCAUGAAUUCUUCUAACUCUCUUGUUCAUGUUGAUCUCUUCCGCAACAAUCUCAACGCUUCAAUUUUCCAAUGGUUGUCCGGUACUCAUACCAACCUUGUUUAUCUUGAUCUCUCUUGGAACAAUUUCAGAGGUUCCUCAAUUCCUGCAUCUUUUGGAAACAUGAGCUCUCUUGAAUAUCUUAUUCUCCAGUGUAGCAAACUUGAAGGAGGGUUCCCGAAUUCCUUUGCCAAGCUAUGUAGGCUGCGACGCUUGGAUCUUUAUGGAAAUAGGCUUAGUGGACAACUUACAAACUUUGUUGAAAUAUUGUCGGAAUGCGUUCAAAACACAUUAGAGCAUUUGGAUAUCUCUUACAAUAAGGACAUUGUGGGUUCAUUGCCUGAUCUUACGAACUUCUUAUCAUUGAAACACUUGAAUCUCGAGGCCAUAACUUAA